UAUAAACCUGCCUAUUCGAUAACAUAACAAACAUUGAUCGAUAAUGAUUCUACUAGUGGAUGCUAGUGAUUGACACGAUGCGCUUAGUGUCGGUUGUGUGCUUCGCGGCAUGCUGUGUUGUUUUCUCGCAAUGUGAGCAACGAGCCGAACGAGUUGUGCGCAUAUCCCAGGGUCCGGUCCGAGGAUACAAAGACCCAGAACAUGACUUAUUCGAAUUCUAUGGCAUACCUUAUGCAACAGCUCCUACUGGACCCAACAAGUUUAAGGCUCCAUUGCCCGCACCGGCAUGGUUGAGUACUUUUGAAGCUGUGAAUAAAGAUUUGAUUUGCCCGCAAGUUUUAUUCCCUGAUGCUAUGGGACAAGAUAUUAUGAUAAUUCAAGAAAAUUGCUUGAUUGCAAAUGUAUUUGUACCAGAUACAGCUGAAACUAACCUACCAGUAGUAGUGUAUGUCCAUGGGGGAGCUUACCAAAUGGGAUAUGGCAACUUUUUCAUGACAAAAAAGUUAGUUCAACAAAGUAAAAAAAUAAUUUCGGUUACUUUUAACUAUCGUCUCGGCAUCCCUGGCUUCUUAUGCCUUGGAACCAAUGACAUUCCAGGAAAUGCUGGUAUGAAGGACCAGGUAGCGUUGCUGCGUUGGGUAAAAAAAAACAUUGCUAGUUUUGGUGGAAAUCCUGAUGACGUCACUAUUGCUGGGUAUAGCGCUGGUUCUUCUUCUGUGGAUCUUUUGAUGCUGUCUCCAUUGACGAAAGGAUUGUUUAAUAAAGUCAUACCAGAGAGUGGUGCCAAUCUUGCCGCAUUUUGUGUACAAACUGACCCUGUAAAGAAAGCGAGAGAGUAUGCAAGUAGGUUCAAUGUGACUAAUCUAGAUGAUAUUUAUGAAUUAGAACUUUUUUACAAGAAUGCUCCCUUAGAUGACUUAUUCACUGAUAGUUUUAUUUUGUCUGGCAAAGAUAAUACGUUUGGAUUUUCACCUUGCGUUGAAAGAAAAACCAGUGAAGAAUCGUUCCUUGAGGAAUCACCAUUUGCCAUUUUGGACAGUGGCAAUUAUGAAAAAGUUCCUGUAUUAUAUGGAUUUUCCAAUAUGGAGGGCUUAAUAAGAAUUGUACUUUUCGAUACCUGGAAGGAAAAUAUGAAUGAAAAGUUUUCAGACUUUUUGCCUGCUGAUUUACAAUUCACAAGUGACGAGGAACGAGAAAGCGUUGCCAGAAAAGCAAAAGAAUUUUAUUUUGGGGAUAAAGCAGUAAGUAGCGAGACAGUAUUGGGAUAUAUUGACUACUUUACUGAUGUUCUAUUUGCGUAUGCUACUCUUCGAGCUGUUAAGCUACACGUUAAAGCUGGCAACGAUAAGAUAUAUCUAUAUGAAUACUCAUUUACUGACGACGAAGACCCGAAUUUCGUAGUUCCUUACACAAAUAACGUACGAGGCGCAAAUCAUUGUGCUCAAAGUACAGCAGUACUCGAUGUCAACCUCGUUUUUAGCAGAAGCGAGGAUAACAUUACAGAAGAAUAUAAAAACAAUAGAGCUACAAUGAGGGAGUUGUGGACUAACUUCAUCAUUACAGGGAGUCCAGUGCCGGCGGGCUCCGCGCUGCCCGCGUGGCCGGCGGCGGGCGCGGGCGGCGCGCCGCACAUGUCGCUGGCGCGCACGCUGCGGCUGCGCGGCGCGCUGCUGGAGGAGCGCGCGCGCUUCUGGGACGCCAUCUACGAGCGCCACUACCGCGCGCCCGCGCCGCCGCCGCCGCCGCCGCCUGCUAGGCAUUCCGAUGUAGCUGAGACAGCAGUUAUGUAUCUAUUAGCAAGAAGCAAGAAAGUCAUCAUAGUAACAUUCAACUAUCGCCUCGGAGUUCACGGAUUUCUUUGUUUAGGCACUGAAAAGGUUCCAGGAAAUGCUGGAAUGAAAGAUCAAGUAGCACUUUUACAUUGGGUCAAAAAGAAUAUAGCAAGCUAUGGGGGAAACCCAGAAGAUGUGACCAUCGCAGGCUACAGUGCCGGCUCCAUAUCCGUGGAUUUAUUAAUGAUUUCUCCCACUACAAAGGGCUUGUUCAAUAAAGUAAUCCCAGAAAGUGGAUCUAACUUGGCCACACUUUCAGUUCAAAUUGACCCCCUAGAAAAUGCAAAAACCUUUGCUAGAUCUAACGGCUUGGAAAAUGUAGAUGACGUGUACGCUUUGGAAGAGUUCUACACCACAGCGAGCUAUGAAGUAUUAACAUCAGACCCCUUUUAUUACAGAACUGAUUUCACGUUUUUGUUUUCACCAUGUGUAGAGCGUAAAACAGAAGGCGCUUUCCUUACAGAGUCUCCAUACAAUAUUUUAAAGAAUGGCAACUAUAGAAAAGUGCCGUUACUGAUGGGUUUUGCUGGAAUGGAAGGUAUAUUUCGAGUCGAUAUAUUUGAUUCUUGGAAAGAUAAAAUGAAUGCGAACUUCUCUGCUUUUCUACCACAAGACUUACAAUUUGAAAGUGAAGAAGACAAAGCAACAGUGGCUCAAAAAAUCAAAGAAUUUUACUUUGGUAAAAAACCAAUUAAUGCAGAUGAAGAAUCUGUAUUAUCUUACAUAAAUUUUAUGUCAGAUUUAUACUUCACAUAUUCUACUUUAAGAGCUGUGAACAUGCACGUGAAAGCAGGACAUGACAAGAUAUAUUUGUAUGAAUAUAAUUUUGUAGAAGAUUCUACGCCUGUCAUACCCUACACCAAGGACAAGCGAGGAGCCGACCAUUGUGCUCAAACUAGCGCUAUAUUUGACGCACCUAAUUGGCUAUGUGAGAAAGACGAAAGCAGCAUCUCUGAGGAUCUGAAAAACAUGAAGAAAGUCAUUAGAGAGCUAUGGCUUAACUUUAUGACAACGGGGAGUCCGGUGCCGGCGGGCUCCGCGCUGCCCGCGUGGCCGGCGGCGGGCGCGGGCGGCGCGCCGCACAUGUCGCUGGCGCGCACGCUGCGGCUGCGCGGCGCGCUGCUGGAGGAGCGCGCGCGCUUCUGGGACGCCAUCUACGAGCGCCACUACCGCGCGCCCGCGCCGCCGCCGCCGCCGCCGCCGCCGCCGCCUGCUAGACAUUCCGAGCUUUAAAACUUAAUAAAAUAAAAAUUUUAUUUAAGAUAUUAUAGAAAAAACCAAAAUAUUUUGGUUUUUCAAAAACAUUUUUUUAAACUAUUUAAUUACCAAUAUCAAUUACCUAAUCUCAGUUUAGUUUAUAUUCAUUUACCAUAUCUAAGUGAAAUGUCCAAGAAAGCAAAUAUCAACACCUGUAUAAAAGGCAACCAGUGUUAUUAUAAAGUUAUACUCAGAAUAUGAAACGGGGCCUAAAAUAAUAUGCAUGUAAGCAAAAUGCUGCGAAAUAAGUAGGUAUUCUAACAUUUAGCACUUCUGUCAAGUUUUGUUUAAAUAAAAGUAAGGCUUCAUUUUAAGGAAAAGACAAUGAAUAAAAUAUUGAAAUUUAGCAUAGUCAUGACUCAUGGUAUGAACAAAGAUCAACACUAAUACAUAUAGAGAGGACGUAGGUAUUUUAUUGUUCGAUUGUUUGGCUCCGAAAGACUUGUCCGAUCUGAAAAAUUAUUUCACCAUUAUUAUAAUCUUACAAUGCCCCUGAUGAACAAAAAAGAGCGUUACUUAGUUAUGUAUGUCACUACGAGAUACCAGACAUCAAUACCAAUAAACGUAACCGAGCAAUAGUGAAAUUUAAACUAUGAAAAAUCUAAGUACAAGAACAAGCACAUCUAAGUAUCAAG